CACGGUGAGAACAACCAAUGUCUUUAUUUAAACAACAGAAUAUCAUCUAAAAAAGCAUCAUCAAUUAGCACUAAAACCAAGCUUUAACAAAAUUUCAUACUGCCAUUGUGAAAAUCGGAAUAAAUAGGGAUCAAAUAUUAUAUUAACCCUUUAUAAAUUUAAAAAAGGUCAACGGACAAGACGAAUCUUAGACUUAAGACAGGUGAUCGACAAACUAAUCACGUGGCAUGAGUUUAGCGGGCGGGAGAUCACAAACCAAUCAUACACGCAGUGUGUAGAAGGCUGAGGACCUUUCCAGAGCGUUCCUUCAUCGCCAUGCCCAUAGCACCAUUUUCUAUAUAAAUAAAAAAUAUUCAGAUUUCCAUGGCUUUCAGAGGCCAAGCCAAAGGGAAGGGGGAAUAUUAAAGCAAAAAAGACUGAUAAGAAAGGGAGAAAAACGAUGUCGUACCUGUUGCCGCACUUGCAUUCGGGGUGGGCCGUCGAUCAGGCCAUCCUCGCCGAAGAAGAACGCGUUGUCAUCAUCCGUUUCGGCCAUGAUUGGGACGAAACUUGCAUGCAGAUGGAUGAAGUCCUUGCUUCAGUUGCCGAAAAAGUAAAGAACUUUGCCAUAAUUUACGUCGUUGACAUAACCGAAGUGCCCGAUUUCAACACCAUGUACGAGCUUUACGAUCCGUCGACGGUCAUGUUCUUCUUUCGAAACAAGCACAUCAUGAUUGAUCUCGGCACCGGAAACAACAACAAAAUCAAUUGGGCACUCAAGGACAAGCAAGAGUUCAUCGACAUCGUCGAAACCGUAUACCGCGGGGCAAGAAAGGGUCGCGGUCUCGUAAUUGCUCCGAAAGAUUACUCGACUAAGUACCGGUACUGAUUAUAUCUCAAUUUUGAAACACUUUAAAUGUGAAUAAUGCUACAUUGCUAUGCUUGUAUGAAUGUGAAAUUGCGUAGCUUUUACGAGUAUUUUAAGAAAGAUGAAGAGUUAAAAUAAUUAGUUGAUCGGUAUAGACAUUUAAAAGAUUAAAUUUUACUAUUAGUCCCUAUAUUUGUAAA